CUUGUGAACUCAAAACCAAACUUUUGUCCUCUAUAUAUUCUUCACACAAUUCUCCCUCCUUUCUUAUCUAUCUUCCCACCCCCACCCCACCCACCGCCCCAACACAUCAAGAAGAAAAAUAAAUAUUUUUGGUGACUUUGGUUCUCAAAAAUUCAAAGAGAAAUGAUGAAGAAAAUGUUAUUUUUGGUGUAUAUAAUUUUCUUGGAAAUAAUUUUGAUAGCUUCAACAAUGGCAAAAUUUGAUGAAGUUAUGAGUCCAACAAAACUAAAAAUGUUUGUUGAUGAAUUACCAGACAUGCCAAGAAUCAAAAGUUAUGAUAUUAUUAAUGGUGUUCAUGUUCCAAAGUCUUUCAACAUUGGCAUGUACCAUAAAAAAUGGAAAUUCCAUAGGGACCUUCCAGCAACAUCAGUGUUCGCAUAUGGUACAUCGCGGUACACAGCAACAGUUCCUGGUCCUACAAUCGAGGCCGUUCAUCGAGUUGACUCAUAUAUUACGUGGCAAAAUCACCUCCCUUCAAAGCACAUACUUCCAUGGGAUCCGACAAUUCCAACUGCUACACCAAAAAAUGGAAUUCCUACUGUAGUACACUUACAUGGUGGAAUUGAUGAACCACAAAGUGAUGGACACUCAGAGGCAUGGUUCACACAGAGAUUCCAAAAUCAUGGACCAAAAUGGAGUAAGAAAAGAUAUCAUUACCAUAAUGUACAACAUCCUGGUACGAUGUGGUACCACGAUCACGCGAUGGGGUUGACUAGGGUCAACAUUCUAGCUGGUCUCAUGGGUGCCUAUGUCAUUCAACAACCGAACGUAGAGGGUCCAUUGGGAUUGUUAUAUGGUGAAGAGUAUGACCGUCCAUUGGUAGUUUUUGACCGCGCUUUUAAGCCAGAUGGUUCGAUUUACAUGAACUCUACGGGGAAUAAUCCUUGUAUACAUCCUCAGUGGCAACCUGAGUACUUUGGUGACGCGAUCAUAGUGAAUGGCAAAGCGUGGCCUUACAUGAAGGUAAAAAGAAGGAAGUAUCGUUUCAGGAUCAUCAAUGCAAGUAACGCCAGGUUCUUCAGAUUUUUCUUUACCAAUAACAUGACGUUUAUCCAUGUGGCGUCUGACUCAGCCUAUCACGAAACUCCAGUUGAGCUUCGUGAACUGUUAUUAGCUCCUUCAGAGAUAGCUGAUGUGAUUGCAGACUUUUCAAAGUCAGAGUCACAUUCCGCGAUCUUAGCCAAUGAUGCACCUUAUCCUUACCCGUCUGGGGAUCCUGUAAACGAAGAAAACAGUAAGGUCAUGAAGUUCGUCAUCAACCCACAUCGCCAGGUUGACACAGCGAAUAUUCCUCGGAAUUUGAUCAAAUAUCCAUCUCCGGAUGUAUCAGAGGCCGCCUCGAAUACAAGGUACAUUGCCUUUUACGAGUAUGCUAGUGACAUAGAUGAGCCUACACAUCUAUACAUCAAUGGGAAAACAUUCGAGGCGCCCGUGACUGAGACACCAAGAGUUGGAACUAGUGAGAUAUGGAACGUAAUCAAUCUAACUGAGGACAAUCACCCAAUGCACAUACAUUUAGGUCUAUUUGUUGUGUUGGAACAAAGAGAAUUGGUGAAUGUUGAAGAGUUUAAAGGUUGUAUGUUGAAGUUGAAUGAUGCAAUCAAGUGCAAAGUUGACAAGUAUUCAAUUGGGAAGAAGAAAGAGGUGGUUCUUCAUGAGAAAGGGUGGAAAAAUGUGUACAAAAUGAUGCCUGGACAUGUCACAAAAAUACUUGUGAAGUUUUCUUUCAUACAUUCAAAUGAAUCAUAUCCAUUUGAUGCAACAGCUGAGCCUGGCUAUGUCUACCAUUGUCAUAUUCUUGAUCAUGAAGAUAAUGUCAUGAUGAGGCCUCUAAAGUUAAUCAAUUGAUAGGAAAAGACUCCAAUGAUGCAAGAGAGAAAAGGGAAAAUUAACUGCAUUUUCUUUUAUUAGUUUUGAUAAUUAUAAAUAUAUUAGUGGGUGCAUAUAUGUAAUCUAAUGCAUAUAAAUUAUAAGCAAUGAGAAUUGAACUCGCAUCUAUUGAUACAUCUUUUUCUUAUUUUAUUUGGAGAAAAUAUAUAAUUACCCCAUUGAUCUUA